GUAGGGGUGGCUGACAAUUCGAAACAGUCCAGAAUGAUGGCGACAACUGCAAAUAUGGAGCAAAAUGAAGGAAAUGAGGGCAAUACACGUUUGUUGCUGUCGAGAAAGAAAAAGAAGCAAAUAGGUGUCGUGAAUGAUGAACGAUUCGAAAGUGUUUUGAGUGAUCCGCGAUUCGACUCGUUGGCCAAUAAAGAACGGAAAGUUGUCAUCGAUAAACGUUUUAAAGGCAUGCUGUCGGAUGCAAAGUUUGGCACGAAGUGCUCUGUGGACAUGCGUGGUCGACGUUUGAAUUUAGAGAAUAGGAAUAAAUUGGAUCGUUUAUAUGAUGUAGAUAGUGAGUCAUCGAGUAAUGAAAGUGGCACUGAUCAUGAGAGUGAAAUUGGUGACAUUAAUCGACCAGUUAAGUUGGACUUGGCCAGAGGUGAUGGUAAUAUAACAUCGAGUGAUGAAUCCGAUGAUGAAUGGAAAUUUGAUGAGGAUAAAGAAGAUUCAAUAAGUCACGAAUGGGGUGAGUUGGAUAAAAGUGCGAGUCGUGUCGAGUGGGCAACUAAACGUUUGGCGUUAUGCAAUAUGGAAUGGGAUCGAGUAUCAGCGAAUGAUAUUUACGUCGUACUUUCUUCUUUCAAACCACCACCUCCAGCUGCAAUUCGUUCGGUGACAAUUUACUUGUCGGAUUUUGGAAAGGAGAGGUUAGCAGAAGAAGAGAAGAUUGGUCCACGGCUUCCAAAACUCAGUGAGGCGAUUGAUGACACUUUGGAAUCGGAUAAGAGGAAAAGAGAAGCAUUAAGAGCUUAUCAAUUGGAUCGUAUGCGUUAUUACUAUGCGAUAAUUGAGUGCGAUCGAAUGCAGACUGCUGCAACAAUUUAUGAACAGUGUGAUGGUGUUGAGUUCGAGAGUAGUGCUGUGCGCAUGGAUUUACGUUUCGUACCAGACAAUAUGACGUUUGAAGAAAAUUCGGUCAAAGAUAGUGUAACAGAAGAAGAUGUGAAUUUAAAUGUAUUCAAGCCGAAAUUCUUUGAAAGUGCUGCCUUAUCGAAAUCGGCAACCAAAUUGACGUGGGAUGAAACGGAUCCAGAGCGUAUCAAAGCAGAACACGAAGCGUUUCAGCCAGAUGCUGACCUGGAACAACUCGAGCAUCUGAUUGCACCGGGCUCUUCGGAUGAGGAUGACGAUGCAGAAGACCACAAAAAGGAUGAGUAUCUAUCAUCGCUCACUGCAGAUUAUUCGGGUAGUGAUAAUGCCGAGAGUUUUGUUGAUGAUAAGAAAACAACUGGUGAUGUGAGCAGCAUAUCGUUGAAAACGAAAACAGAACAUGUUGACGAUGCAUCAAAGGAGAUGAUCACCGAAGAAAAUAGCAAGAAUGCUGAUGAAAAAGAGGAUCGUAGGUCCAACUCUGACCUAACGCCAUGGCAAAAAUAUUUGCAAAAAAAGAAACAAAAAAGAAAGGAACGGAAAGCAUUAAUUGCCGAAUUGAAACGUAAACAGAAGGCCGAACGAGGGACGAAAAAUGAAGAAAAUCAAAAUGAUGCAAAACAGGAAGCACCUACCGACAAACAUGAUGAUAGAAUUCAGAAAAGCGAGCAGAAUGAUGAAUCGAUAAGCAACAAAAUUGUUGAUGAAAGAGAUGAAGCUACAGGUUUUAUCAGCGAUGACAGGUUCGCUGCUUUGUACACCGAUAGCGCAUUUGCAAUCGAUCAGUCGAAUCCAUCGUUCAAGUCAUGGAAACUUGCUGAAAAACAGGCAAUAGAGAAGAAGAGGAAGCGGAAAAUGCAUGACGGUGCUUUAAUUAAAGCCGAAAAUGAUGGAGUGCUAUCGCUAGCAGAUAAAUUAAAAGUGAGAACCGAAAGGCUGAAUGAAGCGAAAAAGAAAAGACCGAAUCGUUCGUAG